AUGUUUAGGUUGCAUGAAAGGAUUUGGCCGAAUUUGAGAGGUGUUUCGGAAGAACUGGUCAGUGUUUUGCAUUCACGAAUAAAAAGUAAAUCAGCAGACGGUUCCUCUACCUCUCUAUACGAUGUGAAUUUCGAAGAAGAGAAACGGACCACGGGAAAAAGGAAAAAAAAUAUAACAUAUGAACUGGUUUCCGCUCCGCGACUGUACAUAUUUGUGGCUAAACCCAAUGAACCGGGCUACGUGCUGACUACGUCACACGGACGGUUUAGCAAAGGACGUACCCAAUUGAUUAAAGAUAAAUUAGUCAUCAAACGAACUCGAGUAGAAGACACUGGAAUGUACUAUUGUUACUAUGAAGGUCGCAAAAUUCGUGAAUGGGCUGUGACCGUAGUCAGCGGUCACGACGAACCAUUUCGAAAUGUGCCACAACCUAUCGAAUUUGAGCAAACGGUAUUGGAGAAGUUACGUGAUCAGAAUGAUGGGGAUAAUCGAACAUUGGUCGAUGAACUGCUUUCCGGAACACCAAGUCUUAUUAAUUCAGUUCGUCCAUUAAACUCCAAGAAAUUGCUUAAAAACAAUCUGGAAAUCCGGUCCGAAUGGAGCAGUUGGACUGAGUGUGUCCCGUGUACCCCGCUUGACCAAUUGCCUCGAUCCCCCGAGCCCGGAGGUGACGGAUUCCAAAUGCGUGUCGGGACCUGUCGUGUUAGUUUGCUUGAUCCAUUCCAUCGAGUCAAGCCGCAUGAACUAUCUUUACAGAUCGAUGAGCUGCUCCGAGUACAUGCACGUCGCGGCCUGCCUUGUCGAUCCCAUCUGAUUCGGGAUGCGAUGCGGCUAUAUGGACCAAAAGCGCUUAUAAUUCGGCCGAACGAAAUCAUGCUACGUGAAUGCAUUCGAACUUGUCCAAUGGUUAAAAAAACGAAAACAAAAUUUUACAAGCUUCCAAAAAGGGUACAACUUCGAGUAAACGAAGGUGAGAAUUUGGUUAUUUCUUGUCCCGUCCGUGGAGCUAUCCUUGGACCAAUCAGUUGGUUCUAUGCUCCUUUGGACAUGGAUGAACUGGUCAAUCUCACCACGACCGCUUUCAUGUCUGACACUAUCAAACUUUACGGUUCGCCUCCAAUAUUUCUCACCACUGUCCUAUCUCCGGUCCAUGUGGUUAGCCUUUUUGACAGUACCCGUGGCCGCUAUCGUGUCGAUACCGCGUACAAUCUGAUUGUGGCUGAGGCAAUUGCCAAACCGUCUGAGGAUGAGAUUCGUCUAAAUCACCUGAUUUGCAUACACGGAGAUGCCCGGACAACCAAUGACAGCGAAUUGUCCGAAUGGGCUGGUAUUGUGGAUGUGGAAGUAGUCCCACGUGCCUACUCGGUGGUCAUGAUGAGUAAACUGUCCCAAGUGGUCCUCUUGUUGAUUCCGUUCGCUUUGGCCGUUGGUACGUUUGUGGUGAUCGCGAUCACAAUGCAGACUGAACGUAAACCGAAUAUGCGUGCCGCGGCAGACGGAUUCACCAGCAAACCUCCGCCGUGA